AUGGCUUUAUGGUUCAUCUCUUCCCUUUAUCCUAGGUUCGAGUAUAACCAGCCGUUGGCCAACGGUACGAUGCGGAUGUACGUCUGUCAAACGGUAGAACUGAUUAAGAAACCGGGCCAAACGCUGGGUGUGUACCUACGGGAGGGCAACGGCGUCGAUCGCGAGAGCGGCGUGUUCGUGUCGCGAUUGAUUGAGGGCUGCGACGUCGAAAAGUCAUGCGUGCUGAAGCCGGGUGACGAAAUUCUGUCAGUGAACGAGGUGAACGUAACGAGGAUGAGCAUCGACGACGUGGUGGUCAUGAUAUCGAUCCCCAGGAGGUUAGUUAUGAAGAUCAAGUUCGAAAAGGACGGCUGCUUAGGCGGCGGAAGAGGGUCCGAUACUCGCACCCCGUUCGGCGGCAGGAAAGAGCAGACGACAGCAGCAGUGUACGACGAAAAGCCAGUGGUGCUGUUGAAGAACAUGCCUCGGGACGAGAGCAAGGAGAGUAGCUUCACGGACGACGGUCAGCCUCUGGCUUCCUCGCAGUUGGUGCCGACCGCACGCACGUCUCUCGGCUUGAAGGCCAGGCAGCAGCAGGAGAUGGCCAGCGACGCGAGUCACACAGCGAAGGCGGUGCGCUUCCGUACUUCAGCUAGCCCUAUUGCCGCAGGGCACAGC